AUGGCAGGACGAGGGCGAAAGCGAAACGCGGACGGGUGCCAAGAGCCCUCUGCGGAUGUCGCAGCUGGGGACCGAAUGCCAAAGGCGAUCCUUGCGCGACGCGAAGGCAACGGGGGAUCUGUGGGCGAUGCGGAUGGGCGGAAUGGCACGGGGCGAUCCUGGAAGCGCGGGAGAAAUUUGAUUGCUGGCGUUGACGCACGCGACGGGCGGUGCAGAAGUCGUGUGGGGGCCAAAGCAGGUCAGCCUGGUCGAGCAGGUCAAAGGGCCGGAGAGCGCUCGCAGACGGAGGCGGGCGGGUGGUGUGUUGCUGAUGCUCUGGAGCGAGCGGUGCGGUUCAUCCGAUGGGGGAGUGCAGGCCGACGAGGUGGUUUUGCUGCGGAUCGCCAGCUCGUGUGUUGCAGCCCAACCGGUGACGCCAAACUGCACCCCGAGAUGCCUGAGAUCCCAGGCUCCAGGAUGCCGAAUCAGACGAUGCAGGAACAACAAUUCUUAUUUCGCCAGAUGCUACAGAUGAAGAGGCUCUUUUGUGAGCGAGCAAUAAUGGCCUGUUGCUAUAAUACGGUCAGCCAGAUUCUCAUCCAGCAGGCGGUCUUGGUCUUUGAUGGCAGCUUGCAGGCCGUUGAGCAGAUCCUGGUCUUGAUAAAGUUGCCGUUGCUUCCUAGGCCUUUCAGGCAGUUAUACACAGGACUUUUGAUUUCAUCUAAUACUGUUCUAGAAUUGAAGCUCAUGGAAUGGUUGCUGCAGCCAUUUACAAAGGAAUCCUGGGCUUCACCAGCUGGGCAGUCAGAUAUCCAGAAUUCAGGCUCCUACGCUGUUCAUUAUUGA